AUGGCAACAUCUGCGUCGCUCCUACUACCACUGGCUGCGCUGACCUCAUUUCGACUCCCUCUCACAGCUGCCGAGCUAUGCGGAAACAGCGACUUUGACUUGGACACCUGCGUUUCUACCGAGGAACCAUGCGGGCAGUUGCCGGCAAACACGGACCAUCUGACUCUUGUUGGCUACAAUUCGGAGCUCGAGUGCGUCGUCGCAGAUCUCGACUCUGCGAAUUGGGGAAUUUGCAAAUCGGGGAAUUUGACCCAAAGCCACGGUUGCACGCCCUCCCACGCCACGAAGAGGCCAACCGAGUUUUACAUCGUGUUGGGCUGCGCGUUGGUGGUGCAUGUCGUCUUGUUGGGACUGGUGCUGACGAGCAGCAGUGAGAGUGGAAAGACACAGAAGCUUCAGUCUGGGGUAUUCUGGUGGUGCCACUUCUGGGCGAGCCUUCUGGCAAAUGUGUUUGUAACCUGGACGACUAUCGCUUGGGGACAGUUCCAAGGGCCUCUGAUCGUUGUGCCGCGGUGCUGUGGGUUUCUCUUCGGGAGCGUUGCGGUGGGACUGGUCUACCGGGUACCGCUUCGCGUGGUGAAGAAGCAUCUCCCGGAGUGGUGGUUCACUGCUCUUUGGCUGGCCGGCAUUCCAUGCAUAUCUUACGGACUGGUCCUGUCCUACAGCGCUGUGGUCGUUGCCGUGGUCGUCCUUGGCCAUUGGUUCGUCAACGGCCUCAUCCAACUCGUCCUGGACACGUUGAUGCAAAUCUUGGAAACAGCAUUCAAAACUUGGCGCGCAGGUGAGCGUCCGGAACCUUACCAGCUCCUCGUGAAUGAGCUGGCGGACCAGCCACCUGACCGGACUGGGGUCAGUGCUCAAAGCACUGGCCUCGUCCUGGCGGCACAGAAUCCGAGCACAGCAGCCUAG